AUGCAACGGGCCAAGAAGAACAUUGAAGAGCGCUACGCAGUGGUUGGAACCUGGGAGGAUACCAACACUACUCUGACGGUGCUGGAGGCCUAUAUUCCUCGGUUCUUUGCCGGAGCUAAGGAGGAGUAUUAUAAGAUGAGAAAAUUCCUGGGAAACUUUAACAGAAACCAAUAUAGGCCCACUGUAAGCGAUCGGGUGAGAGCAGUGCUCAGUCGGAAUCUCACCCAGGAAAUCGAAUUGUAUCAGUUUAUCAAACACCGACUAUACAAACAGUAUAUAGCGCUCCAACUGGACUUAGAUCCCAGGCUGAGAGAAUAAUUAGACUCAAAAUAACUAGCCAUUAAGAGUUUUCUUUGAAGAGUAAUAAACUAUGCUAACUUAUAACCUGGCCUGAUCUUUUCUGGUUUCAAUCUAACACUUCUUUGGUAAACUUUCGAUUGGUCGUAGGAACUUCGGUAUAUUAUGCUCAGUUAAGCCCCAUAUACAGCCUAUUGUC